AUAAUGCCUAGCUACAAUUACAGUUUACACAACAAACCAAACUUGUUUUACCACGUUCCAUGCGGAAAGACUGGCGUUCACCUGAUAGAGAAAGCGAAGGUGCACUGUUGUCGGAACUGCAUCUCACGUGGAAAUUUGACCCAGAAUUUAUUUACACUAGCCCUAUUAUUAUUAUUUUCGCGCCAUUCAACAUUCAUGUGAGCAUUCAAAAUGUAUUUUGUCGCACGUUUGUUCCUUUUUGGGACACUUUCGACAGUGGACUGUGGGUAAGAAUAUGUAUUUAUCUGUAAUGUUGCUAAAAGUGAAAGUAAAAUGUUGUUUUGGCCAAGUUGCUACGUUUUCUUUUUGUUUUCAUGUGGACAAAUUAUUAUUAUAGAGAUUUCAAGGAUUUAAGUUCAAUUGUGUCAUGUGAAAAUUGAAUGUUUUGUGAAGUUAUUUAUUAUUCUGUUAUAUCGUUAUUCUGAAUGAGUUACUUACUUAGUAACUACAAUUUAGUUCUUAAAACAGUAUAGGUAAUUAGGCUACAAUGUUUAUCUUUUACCUGUUACUGCCAAGUUCCAUUGACUAUACCUGAUUGCACACCUGUGAAAACCAUCUAAUCUGGCAACAUAAAUGGACAGUUUGAUUGGUUGGAAAUGCUAUGGCGCGAUUAGCCUAUAGUGUCUUAAUUUCGUUGAUCCAGGAUCAGUUUUAGUUUGGUCUCUUUCAAUAACCAUUGUAGGCAAAGUGGUGAACAAAAAUGUAAGGAUUAUUAAAGGACAACUCAACCCAAAAACUAUAUUUUGGUAUUUGUUCCAUUGUUGACAUAGUUUCAAAAUGUUUUGCUUGUCAGCGAUCAAGUUUCAAAAUGUAACUUUCAUAAUACAGAAAUCAUCGCCAUAUGAUGCAUGUGAAAAACUUGAUUGCUGACAAGAAAAACGUUUUGAGACUAUGUGAACAAUGAACUAAUGAAACAAAUACCAAUAUAUAGUUUGGGGGUAGAAUUUUAAUUUAAAAACAGGAAAUGCAUUUUUAUCACUCUACAUAGCCUACUGUAGAUAUUUUAGUAAAUCUUCUAAGUACAAUGCAAAGGACAAUUUACUUGACUCUAAGAACAAUACCAUACCAUAGGUAAGUUAUUCCCUCACUUCUUCUACUUGUUUUUCUUCUCAUAUGUCCAUCUUCUUAUGUGGAAGCAUGGCUGUAAGAUUGACCAACAGAGUGAUGGCACAUUGAAAUUCAUAUACGGCACUGACCAAUAUUAGCUACGAUGGUGAUGACUUCCUGGCCUUUGAUGAUGGCACUAUGCAGUGGGUGACACCAGUCGAUCAAGCUCUGCCGACUAAGAGGAAGUGGGACGGGGUGCAGAUCCUCAACCAAUACACCAAGGGCUACCUGGAGAAGGAGUGUGUGGACUGGGUUUCUAAAUUCAUGGCAUAUGGGGAAAAAGUAUUCAGUAGAGCUGACUCCCUUCCAAAGAUCUAUGUUUUCGCAAAAAAAAGCCAAACUGCGGGACAUGUCCGCCUGACUUGAAUGGCUACAGGUUUCUAUCCCAAAGAAGAAUGGGGUCCAAUUGACUGAUAAAGAUGAAGUGCAGUCUCCAAUAGUCCUACCCAAUGAUGAUGACACCCACCAAAUCAGGAAGCGUGUGGAGAUCCAAGAGGCAGACACAUCUGAUUAUAAAUGCUAUGUUCACCAUGGAACAUUGCUGAAGCCAAUUGUGGGAAAAUAGGAUGGAAAAUGCUGUGACUAGCCAUGUCACAGGUGGUGUCAUUGGUGCUGUUGUGGUCCUUCUGCUCGUAUUGAUCUUGGUUCCUUUGAUACUGUUUAUUUAGAAAAGGAUAAUAUGUAAAUGUCAUACAAUUAUUGUUUUAUAACAAUGUGUUUAUGUAAUUUGACACACUUAUUGAUAUUAUUAUAGAGAGAAGGCAUUCGUCUAAAACUUCUAUGCUCCUUCUUCUCCCAGCACUCCUGGCGCAGAACCUGCAAUUCCCCAAAAUCGACCACAGUUCUGCAACGUUCACCUGUGGGCCACCGCUCUUCAAGGCCAACCUCUGCUGCUGUUAGGCCAUGACCAAUGGGGUAAAGACCCAUGAGAGACGGUCCCAGAGCAUCUCAACCUGAGGAGCAGUGAAGUCUCCACAGAGAGCUUCAGGGUCACCUGGGAACACUCAGGCCAAGACGUGCUCCUUUACAGACUGUUCUGGAUCCCAACCAGAGGGGGAGACACUAAAGAAGUCUGUCUGUCUGUCUGUCUGUCAGGUUUUCUGUCUGUAUGUUGAUCUUGGUCUGUUAGUUAACCUCUUCCAAGCCAGUCUUCAAUGCGUUUUCCCUGUUGCUUACUGAAUCUCUCUUCCUCUUUUAUUUUCUCCCUCCCUCUCUCUCUGCAUAGGUGAAGAUGCGGAGGAAUGGUAACAUGAACACCUACAUUGAAUACAAGGAGGCAAGUUUGAAAGUGACACCAUGACCAUCAAAGUGUCAACAGUUUUCCCGGUUUUGACCAUUCUGCCUGCCCUGACCCUGCCUGCCGUCCUGUACCUUGCCCCACUACACUGGAUUAUUGACCUCUGCCUGCCCUGACCCUGAGACUGUCUGCCGUUCUGUACCUUUUGGACUCUCUGGAUUACUGACCUUUGCCUGCCCUUGACCUGUUAUUUUGCCUGGCCCCUGUCCUAGUAAUAAAAUGUUGUUACUUCGGCACUGUCUGCAUCUGGGUCUUCCCUAAAACGUGGUCAGGGUUCUAGGGGACAUUCUAGUGAAGGUUCUAGUCAGGAGGGAAAACCAACCAGAAGCCGUGAUGAUACUGAUGAGAACCAACGACUGCUACCUGGUGAAGACUCCCAGCAGCUCUCUCACCCAGUCUCUGAAGGGGAGGUUGGCCCUGAGCAGCAGCACUGUGGGUCCCCCAGUCUGGGGCAGGAGGAACCAGAGCCCACACAGAUUAAAGAGGCACAGACACAUAAACAUCCAUUCAUUAUUAAAGUUCAUGCAAAAAAAGUAUCAUCCUAUAUAUCCUACAAUUUAAAAACACAAUACAACCACACGUGGAUACAAUGCAUUUAAAAUGAUUGAGGAUGACACAAUAACAAAUGUAUUUCCAUUUUGGCCUUCUUGAUGAAAACACAAUAUAUACGCAAGAUUAUAUCAUAAAAACAAAAUACAUCAUCUCAUCAAUAGGGAGGUACCAUAACUUUUUUGUUGGCUGUUCUCUCUUAAAGCAUUCAUCCCCCUGUUAAAGUAUGACUUUUUGCCCCCUAUGGAGUUAUCUGUAGCAAAACCCGAUCCACCCGGGGCGCCAACUUUUGUUUCUGGGUACGCCAUACCCACUCAUGAGAACAUAAGAAGAAGACAACACGGAUGUAGAACGGGGAGUGCAAGUAAAAAUAUAUAUUACAUUCCUUCUUCGUAGACGAAUUCUAGUUAGUUAAAACCAGAGAUUGAGAUUCUUUUGACAAUAAUAAUUCCGCUACUACAAGUCUACAAAAAUGUAUAAAUUACAGUCUUUGAAUUCGUUUCUUUCUGAGUGUUUAACGGCGGCGGCAGUGGAGAUUUUGGGGGCAAUUGAGAAAGUAGUAGCUGAGUACCAGGAGGAGAUAUCCCGAUCUAAAGAGGAGAUUGAUAGUCUACGGAGACAGCUAAGGAUUACACCGGAGAUAAAACUAUGUAGAACAGACUCCCAGCAGCUCUCUCUACCUGUCUCUGAAGAGGUUCCCUUUGAGCAACAACACUGUGAGCAGGAGUGUUACCCCACUCGUGGACAGGAGGAACCAGGGCCAUCACAGAUUAAAGAGGAAAAGGAGGAACUCAGGACCAGCCAGGAGGAAGAGCAGUUUCAAGGACUGGAGGGUAAUACCAUAGAGUUUAUAUUUAGUGGUCCCUGUGUAAAAAGGGAAUGGGAUCAUGAGGCCUUAAGCCGCAGCUCAACUGUAAUUAGUGACCAAGUAAAUAGACCACCAUUGGAUCCCAAACCACCAUUGGGGGCACACUGUUCUGAACUCAGCACCAUGUCUAAAAAAUCUCACUACUGCGGCAAAGUAUUUGCUCUGAAAGCUGACCUUCAGAGGCAUGUGACUCUCGCCAGGGAGAGACCCAUUGAAUGCCCCUACAACGCCACAUGUAAACUGAAGGCCCAUGUCCCACUCUGUCACGGUGGGAAACCCUGCCCUGUUUGUGGCAAGACCUUUAAAAACAAAGACCAUCUAUCCCAGCACAUGAGGAUUCAUACACAGAACAGGCCAUUUAGCUGUGGUGACUGCGGAAAAAGUUUCUAUAGCAAGGGGCUGCUGAACGUGCAUAUACAGACUCAUAAAGGAGAGAAACCAUUCAUCUGUGGAUACUGCGGGAAAAGCUUCUAUCAGAAGGGGAAUCUAAACCAACAUUUACGGACUCACACAGGAGAGAAACCAUUUAGCUGUGGUAUCUGCGGAAAAAACUUCAGUCGAAAAACGCACCUGAACAGGCAUAUCCUGACUCACACAGGUGAGAAACAGCAUGGCUGUUCUGUGUGUGGUAGAAGAUUCGCUGAGAAUGCUGACCUGCUGAAGCAUGUGGAUAAAGUCCACAAAUAACAAAACCAGGAUCAAAACCGAAUGGAGAAAGACAACCAGGACACAGACAUCUAUCAGAAGAUGGGAAUAAAAAGGCAGGAUAUGGACAACACCAAACUGGAUCCUUCAUGCUGUAGGUUUCAAAUGAAUAGACGUAGCCCGUUGAAACAUUAGCCAAUUAACAAUUAGGUUGUUUGUUUUGGAAUGUAUCAGUCAGAGUGAAGAGAACAUUUUCAGACUGUUUAUACAUUAAAACAUUGAACUUUCCAGAAAAUGGUAUCCUUGAAUUUGAGUAUUUAUCUUGACCCAAUGGUCCAUUCUGUCCUGUCCUGCUCAUCCAUGAUAUUGUAGCAAUAUAUUGUAGUUGGAAUACUUUUGCGGUGAAACUGCCACGUCCGUUGGUGAUAUUACAACAGAUGUUACUUCAAUGACUAACACUGCUUAUUUUUUUUUCUCACGGACAUCGUUGCACACUUGAUAGAACAGCAGAGUAUUUUACCACGAUGUUAAAUAAAUAAACAAAACAAUAACAAAUGUGCCUGGAGCAACCAGUGGUGCUGUUUCACCUUUCGCGGAUCUCAGCUUUAACCCAACACCUAGCAACCUCUUGGGACCUCUUGGUGUAACAGUUAAGGUGUUGGCUUGACAGUCGCUAGACCCCAGUUCGAGUAUCAUUGUGUAGCAAAGGCUCUGUCCCUUUAACUGUACACUCCUGUGUGUGCACCUUCUAUUUAUUAUGUAUUGUAAUGGAAACUGUUUACCAUUUGAAAAACCAAACAGAGCAAAGGGAACAAAACAGGGAGGGACCUAUCUAAAUGUGUCCAAUGAACUCUUGUUUUUGUUGCAAAAUGUUUUCAGUUUGUAGUAAACGAAUCGGCUUAAUGAAUACA